AUGAAAUCUCAUGGAAAUGAAAUGACAAAUAUUGCUCAAACUAAUAUCAAUCUGAAUAGAGUAUAACGAAUGAAAUUAAGAUCAAGAAAAUAACACAAACAAAGUAUUAUUAGAAGGUACUAAAUUUAAAGUAUAAAUAGAAAAAUGGCUGGUAAUAAUUCAACUUAACCAUUAACAAUUAUUAGAACAAAAUCUCUUAGAAAACACAAAAAAAUAUAAAAAAAGACCAAUAAAUCUAAAGAUAAUCUAUUAAAGGAUUUUUAAUAAAAAGAUAAAAAAAAUAUAAAAUAAGUUUAAGAGACAAAAUAAUAUAAAAAUAAAUAGACUAUUUCAUAAAGAAGUAAAAGAAAAAAUGAAAAGCUUUAAGAAUAGUUUGAUACAUAAAUAAUAAGUUAAAUUAAUUAAAAAAUACAAUUUCAUGAAACAAAAUUCAUAGCAUUAACACAAAUUGGAAUUCCAACAAUAAAUUUAAAUUAAGAUACAAUAAUAUAAUUUAUUGAGUAAUAUAAAAAUGAAAUUAAAUCGAAUGAUGAAAACGUUAUAUAAAAAUUAAUAGGAGCAGUUGGUGAAGGGUAUGUAGAAAAAGGAGAAGAGAUUAAUAUCAAUGUAGAAACAAAGGAAAUUAUGAUUCAAUAAAAUGUUGAACAAUUGCUAGAAAUUUGUGGAAUUAAACUUUAAUGGACAUUGGAAAAAUGGAAAAGGUUGAUAAAAAAAACCUUUUUUGUUAUUCCAUAUUAUAAUAUGCCAAAUGUGAUAAUAAAUAAAAAUUUAAGUGGAAUAGAGAGAUAUCAAAUUAUGUUUGAAACUUUAAAUCUUUUUACAUUGAUGAAUAGAUGGAACAAUGAGCAAAUGUUACAUUAAUUUUGCUAAAAUUUUCCAUUUUAAGCAAAAGAUGAAAUUGAAAUAAAGGAGUUGGUGAAUGAAAAUGAAUUAUAUAAUAUCAGAGAAAUUCGAGGAUAUUUAAGCCAAAUUAUGUUUUCAUUAAAUAACAUUUAUUAAUUGAAACAUUAAAAAGAAUUCAAAGAGGAUUUAUAUUAUACAGCUAAUUAAUUGUAAGAUUUAACAGUAGAAUAUUAUUUAAGUAAGAUGAAAGUGAUUUAGCUUAAAUAAGUAAAAUUAUCAUAAACAAUUAUUGAAUAAAUAGAAAUAUUAAAAUAUAAAGAUGAAAAUUUAGAGGUUCCAAUUUAAGAAGAAAUUUUAUUGAAAUGUAACGAUAAUUCUUAAGAAAGAUUAUAAAAGUUGUAAUAAUAAUUGAUAUAAAAGAAAAAGAUACAAAUCAAUUUUAUUAAAUCAAAGACUUUACUUGAAUAUUUCAAACCUAUAAAGAAUUUGGUUUAAAACAAUAAUAAUAGUAAUAUAGAUAUGAAUUCUUAAAAUGAUAGUAGAGAAAAAAAUGAGGAAAAUGAAAAAUAGAAAAAAUUAUCAACAGAAAAUAAAUCCUAAUUAUAAUACUUUGACAUUUUAGAAGACUUUUUUUAAAAUAAGAUGGCUUAAUAAAAUAAAUAAUAAGUACAAAAAAAAUGA